GGGUGCUCUCUAUCCAGAGCCAUGUCGUGUGCGGCUACGUGGGCAACAAGGCGGCGAGCUUCCCGCUGCAGGUAUACACCACCCAAACGGGCAAAGUGAAAUUGCCUAAUGUAACACUCUGCUGGGGACACUAAGAGCUAUGAGCCACUGUCAGCAAGAGUGAACUUUGCUGGAGGUUAGACUGUGCGUCAGCUCUUUGCCACCCCAGUCUGUCUUCCUCACUGGCAAACACCUCAAGGAUCUCCCAGCCCGAACUGUGCGUAGCAGGUUCUGGGAUUUGAAGUUGAUCCUGUGAAUUCUGUCCAGUUUUCAAACCACACAGGUUAUGCUCACUGGAAGGGUCAGAUGUUAAAUUCAGAUGAACUCCAUGAGCUGUAUGAAGGACUUAAACUGAACAAUGUGAACCACUAUGACUAUGUACUCACAGGUUACACGAGGGACGCGUCAUUCCUUGCAACGGUGGUUGAUAUCGUUCAGGAGUUGAAGCUACAGAACUCUGACCUGGUGUACGUGUGUGAUCCAGUGAUGGGUGACAAAUGGAAAGGAGAAGGCUCUAUGUAUGUGCCAAAGGAGCUUCUCCCAGUCUACAGGGACAGAGUUGUACCCGUUGCAGAUAUAAUAACUCCUAAUCAGUUUGAGGCUGAGUUGCUCACCGGCAGAAAGAUCCACACAGAAAAAGAAGCUUUAGAGGUAAUGGAUAUGCUUCAUGCUAUGGGACCAGAGACCGUGGUGAUCACAAGCUCAGACCUACAGGGUUCUCUGGGAAGUGACUUCCUAAUUGCACUAGGGAGCCAAAGGAAAACUAGAGCGGAUGGCACCAAGGUGACCCAGAGAAUUCGAAUGGAGUCUCCUAAAGUGGAUGCUGAUUUCGUUGGAACUGGAGACUUGUUUGCUGCGAUGCUCUUGGCCUGGACCCACAAACAUCCAAAUAAUCUUAAGGUGGCAUGUGAAAAGACUGUAUCAGCUAUGCAGCAUGUUCUGCAAAGGACCAUCAAGUGUGCAAAGGCACAUGCUGGAAAAGGAAACAAACCCAGCCCAGCCCAGCUGGAACUGAGAAUGGUUCAAAGCAAAAAGGACAUAGAAAACCCGGAGAUAAUAAUAAAAGCUACUGAGUUAUAAAGGCUGUAUGUCUCCCAGUAACGCACAAUGUAUUGAUGUCCUCUUUUUCUUUCCUGUAAAUUGUACUGUUUGCCUUUGAUCUGUGACAGAAACCUGACUUCCAUGAAAUAGUGCCCUGCAUAGGCAGAUAUCCACGAUCAAACAUACGUGCUGGCCUUGCUUGGUUUAAGGGGGAAAAACAUGAUUAGUAAAACUUACUCGCAGGUAUCAAAAUGGUUGUCAAAUUCACUCAGCCUGUGUACCAUAGGUAAGAGAAUACACAGGUUCCUGCCUCGCCAAAGACUUUGGGUAUGAAUUUGCUGGUGGAAUGACUGACUGACUUGCAUAUAUAUUGUAGCAAAGCAUCUAGUGCCAAUUUCACUAGCUACCUACUGCCUUAGCUGAAGGUAUUUGGCAGCUUAUUGUGGUAUUCACUAUCUCAACUGCUACAAAACUCAGUAGGGUUGAAAUUGCACACAACUUCAGGCUGUGUAUGGGGAGAUAUUUAGCAUUAGAUGCUCUGCAGAGGUGUUGAAGUGUAACUUCAUGUUGCUAAUAACUUUUCCUGUUUCUGGCCUAUGAAUGAAUUGUGAUUCCAAUUUCUAUAGGCGCUAAUCCCUUUAUUUCCACAAGUACCACAUCACUUUGUCCCCAUGUUCCACUCCAGAAAAGACCAAUGUUACUAAUCUAAUUAUCCAGUCAGUAGCACCAAGUAGAAAUUUGUAAUUCUAGCUCUGGGACCAGAUUUAAUUCCUUUUUUAUUAAGACGUCGAGACAAAGCUUCUUUAAAAAAGGAAGAUGAUGUGGCUACCUUUUGUAAAUGUAACCCUAUUAGUAGUCUAAUGAAUAGCAAGUCACUGGGAUAUUGACAACAUUCAUUAUUUGUUGAGGGCAUUUUAACCUGUAUGGAUGGUUCAAUUUAGAAGCCUCAGAGGGUGCACCUGCUUAACAAAAAUGUACAACAGGUUCAUCAGUAAAGCACUAAAUAGUGAACAGUUGCCUACACUUGCCUGCAGACAUAAGUGGAGGGGUUAGUUUGUUCAUAAUUCCAUUCUUCAGACAGUUUCGUGAUCUGAAUUUUACUGAAUUAUUUUAUGCUGGCUCUCCAAAACAAAGAGCCAUUUUUUUUAAUGUGUGCUGCAGGAUAUUCGAAUGUAUCUAAGGCUAUAUACAACUGCUUAUUAUCAUCCAUGGUACCGAAGCACUUCAUUAUAAAGUUCCUCCUGUUCUAGUUUUUUCCCUCCUUCCAUGGAGGCAGCUGGGGAAUUUUUAUUGGUUAACUUUUUUAUACCAAAAUCCUGUUCCCUGAAGUGCUCUCAGAAUGGGUUUCUUGACAAUUUCUAUAUUCUGGGUGCUGAUUAGGCAGUGAGGAUAAUCCUGAGAGAUGUUGAUCACCUACAACUCCUCUUGACUUCAACAGGCAUUGCAAGUUCUCUGCACCUCUGAGAAUGAGUCCUAGUGUGUUGUAUAUGCCCAAACCUAAAAACGCAGUCUGUGAGCUUGAUUUGUUCAUCCUGGGAGAGACAGAUACAAAUUGCAUCCUCUUGCAGUAGCAGGGAGCAGUUGUGCACAGAGGGAGAUGCUAAAAGGAAGGCAGUUUAAGUUCCAUCCUGUGUCUGAGGCUGCCCAGAAUAAGCACUUGAUCUGUGUGUUUCCUGGGUACCUUCCCAGAAACUUCUUUCUGGCCAGCCCUGCCCAGUUACUAAGCUGUGUCAACUGUCUAGGUCUGGGUCCCUCAGCAGUGCUUGGGUUGUAGGUAGAUUGUGCUACUGCAGUCUUUGUUAAUCCAACAUCCAAGUAGACUUUCUGCCAUUGAAGCCCCCUAUUUUGUUUCUACUAGCAGAACUCAGGGAGAGAAUUUACACAGGUAUCGCUAAUUUUAGACCAAACAGAUUUAAUGUUUUUCUUUUUAAUAGAGUGGAAGUUUUCCGAUUUUAAGAGAUGUCUUAAAUCUCUCUCAGCAUCUUUGAAGCAAAUAACACACAAGAUGCUAAUACAUUUUGCAAUAAGUUUAAGAACUCUCAGCUUUUGCUCUAAGUGGCUAAUACUUUAUCAUCUCCAAUGCACUCCGCAAUUAAAAGUUAAAAAUUUGCUCUUCUGACAUAUGAAAUACACAAAAGAACCUAGUAAACUGGACUGUAUCGCCACAAUUUACAAUAACCUGCACCAUGAAAUAACUUCCUAGCAAUAAUAAUUCUGGUAAUCUGAAUAAAGCAUAGAAGCUUCCUUAAGCACAUGAGCUUAUGGCUGAUGUCCAGCAUUCAAAGUCCUCAGCACUGUAUUUUUAAAUAGUUUAAAGCUGUUUUCCUUCGAGAUAAUGGCUAAUUCCCAUAUGUUUAAAAACUUUAUUACAUAAAAACUGCCCUCUUUAACAUACAAUGUUUGCUGUGGAAGCUGCAUGGGAAAUGUAAUCAACUUUCAAAUUAGAGAUAGUAACUUUUAAAUAAAAAUGAUAUUUCAGUAAUACAACUCCAAGGACUUUCUACUUAUUUUUCAAUACAAAUACAUUUUUACCACUACCAAAUGCUAAUCACGUAGUGGCCAUGUAGCCCACCCCAGGGAUAACUAUAAGCAUAAACCUUUUUUAUUUCACUUUUUUAAACUCAUAACAUUUCAUGUUGACAUUUGCAGUCAUUCCCAUAGACUUGGGAAGCUAUGAUCAACAGACUGUUGCUCCAUCUCUUCACACAAUGAUUCUUUAAAUAGCCUCACAGUGUUAAACUUAUAGGACUAGACCCUACAGAAUUUUCAACUUUUCCAUAGCUUAGUGAGAAAUUCCUGUUCUUCAUGUCAGGGGGUCAAAGAGAGAGGUUCAUAAUCCUCUUCUUUUUUGAAAAGCAGCAGUAACAAUACAGAUCCAAGCUUCUUGCCAUCAAGAGAGCAUAUUUAUGGCAAGCUUGCGAUAAGAUGGUACCAAAGGAGUCUCGUUUGGUGUUUAGGAGCAUAUACAUUGGUUUGUGCUUCUAGAAAAAGGGAGAGGUUAAUAUGGAAAAUGGAAUAAUAGAUUCCAUGAAAGAGGUUAAUAAGUUAAAUGAUAAUAAUUCAAUACAGAAUUUUUAUCUGUAAAACUUAGCCAAAAUGAAUUUUUCUAUGAAGCAGAACAGAGGGAAGCUAAUAAGAGGCACCUGUGAUUUGCCAUAUCAGCUUGGACCUGUGGUCUAAAUCGGAUAUUCAGACCUCAGGAGUGGCAUGUGCCUGAUGCUUCAGAGGAAGGCAGACCCCCCCUCCUUCCCCACCCCUCCAGUAAUGCCCUUCUCAUUUAAUAUCUGUGAUGAACUGACACAAUACCACAAGAAAGCAGAAGGAAAAUAAAGACAUAAAAAUGCAGAACAGAACUUGGAGAAGUUCAGUUACGAACUGGCCGCAAUUUGCAGCCACUGCAUUCUACCAUCUUCUGUUGAAGUCAGUGGGAGAUGCUCAUAUGAUAUCUGAAUGAACUCCCAUUGAAGUCAAUGAUAUUCUUUCCAUGACUUUAAAUAGAUCAGGCCAUGCAUCAGCUGCAGAAGCAGGCUCAAUUUCUAAUAAUUGAAGAAGCAUUGAGAAACUGACUGUAAGUGCACAUUGUAGUUACCUUGUAACAUUGUACAUUGUAGUCACAACAUAUGGACAAAGGUAUUUUUAAACAUUAAAGCAAUUCAUAUAACUUGAAGGCGUUUUUACCAGUGAAAUGUUAUGCAAGACUUUUUCCUAGUGUUUUUAGAACAAACUGUAUGUGCCACACUGGACAAACACAACAUGAUCAUAUCCAAUCAUUCUUAUUCCCCCUUCUCUUCUCUUGGAUAUAACAUCCGUGAAGAGUCCACUGAUACAGAAAUUACACGUACUUCCAGAGCAGCUAGGAAGUAUUCACUCUGGCCUUUAGCACAGUUCCCCAUUAUUCAUUUAAAGGAAAUGAGUCUAUCACAGGGGUCAAGUCUUAUCCACUUGCAGAUCCUCAUCCAAAGAAAAGCUGUCAAACUAAAAUGAAUGUCUCUAAUGACUGCAGAGGUACAAGCAACUUGGCAGAGAGCAGUAGAUUCAAUCAUUCUGUUCAGUGAUUUUCAUCUGUCAACAAAAUGGAAUGCUGGUGUUACUUGAGCUAAUUGUGUUUGAACCCAUUUUCUGUAAUGAACUUCUUUGUGUGCAGGCAUUUUGAUUAUUAUAGUUUCACUUAUUUGUGGAGCUUUAUGCAGAAUGGACCAAAACUCUUUUAAAAAUUAAUUAUCUAGUCUAUUCUGGGCUGGAACCCAACCUUUUUAUGCAUAAAACUUCUGCUGACUUCCUUGGAAGAUACAUGCAUAACAACACUUUCAAGUUUUUUUUUUUAAAAAGUGUUGUGGAAGUUUAUUCAUGCUUGGCAUACAUACAUGUUUUUAAAAUCUGCAUUAAAAUUGGUAAUGUAGAUGUUCAUUUGCUGAUUUAUAUUUAAAAUGCAAGAAAUCAAUAAUCAACAUACUAUACAAAAAAUUGGAGGACCAAGGUUUCUAGCUAAAAAUACUGCCUUGUUAAGAGUAUCCUAUACGUAUCUGGAUUGGUUGAUGUUAAUUCGUUGUCUGUUAGAGUGGUUGUGUUAGUCUAUUUUAUUUGACAAUAUGUGGCAAGAAAGAUUGUAAUAAAAAUGUCUACAUUAAUAUAUUGUGCAUAAAAAUUGUUAGCUCCUAUUUUUGAAUAUGUUGACCAUUUCAGAAUUAAACCAAACAAGAACA